UGGCUUAUUAAAACCUUUUAAAUUUUCUUAAUUAAUUCAAUCCAUUUCCUCUUCUAUCUAUCUUUGUUGGGUUUGCCUUUUCUUUCAUUCAACUCAAUUCCUUCAUUUUGAUCCAUAUGGGCAAUAAAAGUGGGAAGUUGCAGGACGCAGAAGACAAUGAAGAAAAAGAUGGAGAAGAAGAAGAAGAAGACAUGGAAGAGGUCUCCCAAAGCUUCCAUUCUCCUCUUCUUCCCCUUCAUCGUCAUCAGGCACCGGUUGGUUCAAUGCCGCAAAGGCGUGAAGAAAUGAUGAUGGGAAGCACAAGUAGUGAUGAUUCUAAUAAGGAAAAGGGGACAGGAGAGUAUGGAGGGAUUCCAACAAUGAUCACAUGGAGUUAUGGACAGGCUCAUCAAGUUGCUAUUCAAGGAUCAUGGGAUGACUGGAAAACCAGAGAAUGUUUGCAAAGAAUAGGCGACGAGAAAGAAGGGCUGUUCACUAUUGUGAAGGUGCUUCCAGCUGGGGUUUAUCAUUUCAGGUUUAUAGUUGAUGGACAAUGGAGAUGUGCAUCCCAAUUUCCAUGGGAGUUUGAUUCCUUGGGAAAUAUCUUCAAUGUUUUGCACGUGAAGGGCAUGAUUGGGUUUGGAGGUGUCCCGAACACGAAGAUGAGUUGGCCGGAGUCGCCACCUUCCCCUCUCUCGACCUACGACUCGGCACCCCUCAAUGCAGAAGACUUCACCGCUAAGGUGCCGCCCGAGCUGCCAUCUCUCCUUCAACACUCACUAUUGGAUCAACCACAUUCAUCAUCUUCUUCCUCAAGAAAUGGUGGCCAUGAUGAUGAUGAUGAUCUUCAUCAUCAAGACAAUAAUAAUCUUCUUCUUCUUGAAAAGCCUUCCCCUGCAGUUUUGAACCAUCUCUAUGUCCAAAGAGGCCCCCAUCUUCAAUCCCCCCCUACUCUGGCUCUAAACUCAACCCACAGAUUUCGCGAUAAAUAUGUGUCAAUGGUGCUUUACAAAUAAUCCUUACACAACUAUAUGAAGUAAGAGUAUACUCCCUCCGUCCCCUUAAGAUGUUCUCAUUUUGACUUUUGGUGGUUUUUAAGGAGAGUUGAAAAAAGGUGAAAUUUUACCAUAAUACCCUUAAUGAAAAAUGAGUGGAGUGUAUUAAAUGAGGUGGGUGAGGUGUAAUAAAUAAAGUAAGUGGGGGUAGUUGUGGUAUUUUAAUUGUUAAAAAAUGAAAUGAGAAGAUCUAUUGUGGACAUAUAAAAAGGGCUAUUGGGA